CUACGAAGCCACUCUUGUGCUGAGAGGAUCUCCCCAACAGAAGAAGAAGAAUUUGUACAGCGGACAGCUUGUAAAAUAAUGUUUACACCGAUUUAAGUUGUCAGUGUAGCUCUAUUCUGAUUGGUGGAGAAAUAUUUAUUAGUUUCUUUCUUUUUCUAGGGGUUCGUUUGUGGAGAUGGUGCAGCUGCACGUGAAACGCGGGGAAGAAAGCCAGUUUCUUUUCAGUACCACCGUGGACGCGCCUCUGGAGACCCUCAUCCAGCAAGUUUCAGCCAUUUACAAUGGAAGACUGAAGGUGGAGAGACUAUGUUCAGAGAUCUCAGAGCUUGCAGAUCAUGGCAUCCUGCUGCCACCCAACAUGCAGGAACUGACAGCUGAGCAGAUUGAGGAGCUGAACCUGAAGGAUGAAUGGGAGGACAGGUGCAUGCCCAGUGGAGGGGCAGUGUUCAAAAAGGAUGAGAUUGGGAGACGGAAUGGACAUGCGCCUAAUGAUAAAAUGAAGGCGGUGUUAAUGAAGACGGUGGAGGAAGCUAAAGCGCUCAUCUCAAAUAAGCAAGUUCAAGCUAAUGUAUGCGUCACCAUGGAGAUGGUAAAGGACGCGCUGGAUCAGCUGAGGGGUGCCGUCUCUAUUGUGUACCCCAUGGGCUUACCUCCUCAUGACCCCAUAAGGAUGGAGUUUGAAGACCUAGAAGAUCUGUCGGGAACUCAGGCGUCUCAGCAGGUAAUCUCAGAGGACGAAUGCCAGCUGUGGUGGGCUGCCAAAGAGUUACAACGAGGGAAAAAACUGCAGGAUUACGUCGGCAAAAAUGAAAAGACAAAGCUUGUGGUCAAAGUCCAGAAGAAAGGACUCGGACCACCAGCUCGAGAGCCUUUAGUCACGAACGAGCAGCAGAAAGAGAUGAUGAUGCAUUACUACAGACGGCAGGAAGAGCUUAAGAAACUAGAAGAAGCGAAUGACGACAGGUACCUGGACUCAGAGUGGGCAGACAGACGAGCGCUCAAGCGGCAGUUUCAAGGCCUCACUAAUAUCAAAUGGGGGCCGAGAUGACCCCCACAGCUACAGUAAAAUUAUCCAAGCUGCUUUGGAUGAGGCUGGGAAUUCUGCCUUAUCGGAGAAAUCUGUUUCAUUUUGUGAUUUCAUUCUCGUUAUAUAUUCCAUCUGUUUUGAUGUUAAACUGUGCAAUGAAAUUUAUGUGAAAUAAAUAAAAGAUUAGUUUAAAACUUU